AUGAGUCGCGUGUUAUGCCACCUGAUUCCGUCUAAGUUUGUCCGCAAAGAACUGCUGAAAGAAUUCAACGCCAAUCGUUUCUGGUUAAACCAUUACGAAUUUGUAGAUUUUACAGUGUUUGAGUAUGGACAACGGACUCAGUAUUUGCAGUGGCGAGUGUUUAGUAUUUUGAUUACCAUUUUGCUGACGGCCCACGUCUUCUUCCCUGGGAUUCAAGCUACAUCCCCUGCCACGCCGUACUCCAAGUUCAUUUAUAUGCACUUCUGGCUCUCCACACUUCUCAUACUGCACUCGCUGCUGGAGCUCAUUAUUCUCAUUUGGACUUACUACAGAACUCCGAGUCCGAUUCUGGUAAGAAUGCACCACACGCCAUGGCAUUUUAAACUCAUCUGGCUGAUGUACAAUGUCCUGUACCCGAAUAUCCUGUCCUGCAACGUCAUGUACUACGCCGUGAUUAAAGAUAUGGAAGUGCACUUGGGAGAAUCUAGAUUAUUCGUGGCCCUGUUGGCCUCAUUCGCUGGCAUACAUGUUUCUGUAACAGCCAUUCCCAGCCGGAUGGCCCAUAUUCUGCAGCCGCUGCUGUUCAAUGUCCUGCAUAUUUCCUUCACCUACCUCUAUCAGCUGAACGGUUUCACAAACCAUCUGGGCCAGAACUACGUAUAUACGGAGAUUGAUUGGCUCAAUUCACGAACAUCGGCUGCUUGCUGUGCGGGGAUGUGGCUGUUAGUUACCUGUUGUUGCCACAUCCUCAUGGUUUGCUGCUGUUGGUACCGGAGGCUUGUCUACCGCGGCAAGCGGACCAAGUCCGCCAGGCCAAUCUAUGGUUUCUCCCCCGAAGAGUAUUAUCCGUUUACAGAAAAGGAAGAACACUUCAACCAUUUUGAGCUGCCCGCUCCUGAUAAAGAGACAGCAGCCGCUGGUGAGGUGCCGGAAGCCAUGGCAGAAGAGAGUCCACACCUAAAGGCCCCCAGACACUACUCGCCGCACAUGAGCUACAGGCUGGUGCCCGUGCCUAGAUCCAUGGUGACAGAUUCUUCCGUCGACGUCCGGCCUGAUGCGAGUGAUCUUCUGAUUCCCCCGUCUCGCGUCAGUGUUAGAAAGGUUGGGCGUCUGAGGAAAGGAUUCAAGAAAGCACGCUCAAGUAUUUCCUACAAGGACAGUGAAGAUGUCGGCGGCUGCCCAAAAACACGUCAAGAGUCUAGCGGCGUUGCCAGAGGCACAACGCGAUACCCUCCUCGUAUGCGGCGGCGAGCGGACAGCAAGAAGAAACAAUCUCUGGUUAGGUCGACUACUCGAGAUCGAGGUCGAAAACGGCAAAAGUGCUCCGACUGGAAGUCUCUGCAUAAAGCCAAAGCAAAUUCAGUCACAUGUACCAACAGUGUCAUCGAUCUCUCUGUAGAAGAUGCUUUUGAGAUCAUCCCGGAAGGCAGCGGGAAGCUACAAAUGCAGGCGCACGAAGGCUUUGAAGAAAAUACAUCGCCGAUGGACAUAACAUCAGAAGUGGAAGCGCAGGGUUCACCGUCCUCACGGUUCUAUUCAGAUGAGUACAUCGAUUAUUUAUCGGAGAGCAUGUCCAGUCAAUGGGAGCAUUUGUCGAUAGUUCAUGAAUGCGUUGAAGACGUACACAGAAGCUUUUCCUCAGCGGAAUAA